GACCCCGCGUCAUUGAAGUAUGGAGUGGACAGAGAUUGACGAUGUGUGAGCUACUUGUACUCAUAUGGAUACAAAGUUGCGCUUCUCAUAUUCACAGAUUCACACGCGUCAGGUGAAAAGGCUUCCGGAUACGCUGAUGUUUGUGCAACGUCAUCAGUCAUGUGUGGAGAUUACGUGGUGCUGAAGUUAGGUCGCUAGCUGACUAGCUGGAAAGCUAAUUCGCUGUAAACAUUUCAAAGUGGAGUUAUCCAGUGGCAGUUUGGAGUCACAUUUCAGAGGAAUUUGUUGACACCGAACAUGGAUGAUAAUAGAAUGGAUAGCGACUUUCUGGCAGUGUGUUGUGGGUCAAAUGCUCAAUAAUACACUGGACGAAGAUGAACCAACCGUUAGCUGUGAGUAGUCUGCCCUGAAGGACUUGGGACCGCGAAGGCACAUUAGUGUCAGAGGAUUAGACACCGACACAUCAAUACAUCAACCCACCAAGAAGAUUUACCCUGAAGAUAUGUUCGCUAAACUCAAGAAGAAGAUAGCCGAGGAGGCGGCAACUGCACCGCGGUCAGGUGGCAGGAUUCCUCGCUCUAUGAGCAAAGAGUCCAUAACUUCUGUGGGAGCAGACUCCGGUGAUGACUUUGCUUCUGAUGGCAGCAGUUCCAGGGAUGACCUUCCAUCACAGAUCUUGCGCAAGAAUUAUCACAUUCGCAAGCUGGAAGCCAAACUUGCAGACUAUGCAGAGCAGCUUCGGCUGUUGCAGAAGACCAAGGACAAGCUUGAGAAUGCAUUAGAAAACCACCAGGAUUCCUCCAUGAGGAAACUGCAGGACCAGAAUGAGUCCUACCAGUCUAGCAGAGCCAAGAUGGCCGAAGGCAUGGCUCUGGCCCUGGAGAAGAAGGACCAGGAGUGGAUGGAAAAGAUGGCAGUGCUAGACCAGGAGAAGGCGACCCUGUCUGCGCAGCUGGCCGAGAUGACCGAGCAGAGCCUGAGCCUGUUCCAGAAGCGGGACGAUCUGGACGAGCUGGAGGGCUUCCAGCAGCAGGAGCUGGCCAAAGUCAAACACAUGUUGCUGAAGCGUGAGGAGCAGCUGGGCCAGCAGGAGCGGAAGUUCCAGCAGAAGGAAGAGGAGCUCCAGACGGCCAGGCAGGCCUUGGACGAAGCCCAGGGCAGGCUGCACAAGCUGGGCCAGGAGAGCCAGGAGAGCGGCCGGCUCAACGCGGAGCUGAAGGCUGAGAGGGAAGAACUGCUGCUGGUGCGAGAGGAGAUGGAGCUAAAGAUCUCUGAGCUGGAGAGCAAAGAGCAGCAUCUGCAGCAGCUCAUCCAGCAAGUCUCCGACGACUUUCAACAGUCUCAGCAAACAGCCCAGUCCUUGGAGAAGUCCCUGGCUGCCCUGCAGAUGGAGCAGGAAGAGCUGAAGCUGCAACACGAGCAGCACAAGCAGAAGGCCCAGGUGGAGGAGGAGGAGAGGGAGCGCAUGCUGGGGGACCUGCAGGAGAAGGCUAGCUCUCUCUCCAGACGCCUGGAGAGUGACCUGUCUCAGGACGAACACCUGCAGGAGCUGCUCAAAGAGAAAUCCGCACUGGAGCAGAGGCUGGAAGAGGCACGGGCAGAGCUUCUACAGGAGAGGACCUCUCACUCCAGCACAGUCAGCUCACAGGAGGCCCAGAUCUCCAGGUUGAAUGGUAGCGUGGCUGAGCUGCAGACGCUUCUCAGACACAAGGACGACUCAAACAAAGCCUACCGGGAGAGGACAGACGCACAGAUUGGUGCUCUGGAGCAGCAGGUAGAGGAGUUCACCCAGAAGCUGAAGAACGCUGAACAGCAGCUGGCCGACAGUGAAGCACACAAACAGACUCUGGAGGCGGGCUGGAGGGAGGAGCGGGAGCGGCUGCAGCAGCAGGUGGCGUCCCAGAGGCAGAGGGGCCUGGAUCGCUGCGCUCGGCUGGAGGAGCAGCUCGCCGCCCUCAACACGGAGAGAGACGCUGAGCACGCUGCCGCACAGCAGGCUAAGAGAGAGCUGGAGGAACAGAAGGCAGAGUUGCAGAGGCAGCACGCGGAGGUGGAGAGCUCGCUACACACGCGCACGCAGGAACUCGAACAGGCCCGGGCGGACAUGAGCAGCCGUCAGACGGUGAGUGUGGAGAUCGCCAAAGCGCUGGAGGACACAAGGAAACAGAAGGAAGAGCUGCAGCUCCAGGUGGGCGAGUUGACAUCCUCUCAGCAAACGCUACAACAGGAGCUCUCUCAGCUCUCUGAGCAGCUGGCUGCAAAGGAGGCAGAGAUCCAAGGCCUUAAGGAAGCUGUGAAUGCUGCCCAUGCUGAGACAGCCCAGGUGCGUGAAGAGGCGGCAGAGAGGGACCAGGAACAUGAGGCCCAGCUGGCAGCCCUCAGACAGGAAGUGAUCUCACAGACGGAGCAGCUGGACUCCUGCCAGUCAAGGGUGUCUGACCUGCAGGGGGAGCUGGAGAGCAUGAGUGUGCAGCUGCAGGGACCGGAGGCAGGAGAGGGUGAGCAAAACGGCACUGUUACCGUUGACGACCUGGACCAGCUACAGAAGAUCAACAAGGACAUGGAACAGCAGCUAGGUGACAAGAACAAGACUAUAAAACAACUACAGCAAAGACUGGCUGAACUGAAGAGGACCUUACAGAAAGAGCUUAAACUGAAGCCAGACUCUGAGACUGAUGGGAGAGAGAGGGCCUUUGAGGGCCGAGGAGACAGGCAGGAGAGGCAGAUGGACCGACCCAGCACAGAGGCCUCGGCCUCAGCCAUGGUGCCUACUUUAGCCCCAGGCUUUGGCCCGGCCUCUGCACCCGGACCCGGCACUACCGUGAUCAACACCUCGGACCUGAACGACUCGCGAGAGAUCAACUUUGAGUAUCUCAAACACGUGGUGCUCAAGUUCAUGUCCUGCAGAGAGGCAGAGGCGUUCCACCUUAUUAGGGCUGUGUCAGUCCUGCUGCAUUUCUCUCCAGAGGAAGAGGAUAUGCUGAAACAAACACUUGAAUACAAGAUGUCGUGGUUUGGCUCUAAGCCCUCUCCCAAAGGCAUCGUCCGGCCCUCCAUCUCCGCAUCCUCCAACCACUGGAGCUGAGGUGGAGUGAUCGCAGCCAAGAGCUCGAUGGACGGAUGGGUGGAUGAUGGACGGACGGAUGGAUGGAUGGAUGAUGGAUGGAUGAAAUAGGGAUGAAAACAAAGGAGGCCGUGGUUUUCUUAUGAAGUGUCCCUUCGCAGCUAGGCAUCAAAGGCAUCUACCCUGUGGGGACUUCUGAGAAUAUCUUCAAUUCCUGAGAGACUGGAGAACCUGUCCAUAGAUGUCCUCCUGACAUCUUCUGUUGGUCUUUUGUUUUUAUUUUGUUUGCUUCGUUUUAUUUUUGUGUUUUUUUCAAAAUUACCAACUUCUUUGAGAAGACGAGAGAUCUACCAGAACACUAAGCUUUCUCUGUAUUCUAUUAUUUAUUUUUAUUUCAUUUGCAGUGAUUUCAAUGGAAGUAAAAUGCAAUCAGGUGGAAGCCGGCUCUCUUGUGUUGCGCAAAAGCUCCUCAUCUUAGUUUUGCCUUCAUGUCACCACGUUUUUUUUUCUUUUUCUUUCUUUCUUUCUUUCUUUCUUUCUUUCUCUGCCUAAUACGUCCCAUUUGCUAUGCGCUUUCUCCACUCACUUCCUCGCCUGAUUUUCUGCCUCUGUGGUGCAGAAUUGCCUUGAAGACUGCCUUUCUCAGGACCCUGGGGUUCGAAGGUGCACAAUGGACCAAAAUAAAAACUCAACUUGGGCAGAGAAACGUUUUGUUUUCUGCUUCAGCCACGAGCGAGUGUCUAGCCUACCCUCGGAAACUAACAUCCUGUUUGGACCGGACUUUGUGUAUCUGUAUAUAACAAUACAUUCCAUAUGACUAUUUAUAUAUGAAUGGCUGUAUAUAAGCAACAGAGAGAAUGAUUUAUAAAUCACUAGAUGUAUAUGACUUCUUUUCUCCCACUUUUUCGCCUAUAUCUGGUCUGUAAAUGCAGUAUUUUCAUCAUGUGUCUGUAUAGAGGUGUGUGUGUGCGUGUGUGUCUGCGUGGGUAUGUAUGCGCGGGUAUGUAUGUAUGUAAGUGUGUUUCUGUAUACAGGCUUUUUGGCUUGGGAAUAGAAUCAAAACAUAAUUUUAAUGGGCUGCAGUUUGUUGUGCGAGUGUGCAUGCCUUAUGUAGUGUGCACAGGGAUGUGUGGAAGACCAGCACAGAGAGCAGCGGCCGGGCCGGACAAGACUAUGACAAAACCAACCAGACAUCUGCCUUCAUCAGAUAUGAGAGGGUUUGCUAUAUGGAUUGCUAUGGCACAUGGAGGUUGAAUGAUCAUGACAUUCAGAUGGGUUAAAACUACCUCUCGUUUCACGUGUACGAUGUUGUCAGUGCUGUUCUGUUUGUCGAGACUGCAAGUGUUGGUUCAGGAAAAGAGUUUGUUGUAACGGUUAUAAAGGUUUCUAUAAAUGACUGGGAGAAAAGAUCUGCUUUGUGGCUAACUGUCUCUGUUAAGUACUCCAGGUACCUCAUGAAUGUAGCGUAUUUUGGAGAUGGAGAAGUUGCAAGACUGAAAGUAAAAACCAAGUAUGACCUGUCUUCUUUUUUUUCCACUUUGAAAAGAGAAGCGUAAACAGGAAAUCUUUGGUCUGUCAUGACAUAAUGUCAAUAACAAAGCACCAAUGGUAAAAUAAACACUUUUUUAAAAGGCAGAACUGUAAACAGAACAACUGUUUUCCGUGACCGUACUGGUCAAAGUAAUCAAUGCUGUUUUGAAGAGAAAACUGGUUCCAGCCAGCUGCACAAGUGUGAAACGAAUGACUUGCUGAGAAUGAAAUAAAAAAGCUCAUGGACUCAUAGUAAUCACCACAAUCCCACUCCAGCAGCCUGGUUUAUGACUUACUGUGUCGUAUCCUCAUAUCAGAUACAAUACAAAUAUCUGCUAAGGUCCGUCUUGCUUGUUCUCUUUUCGUUUGUCUUCAACAUGUGUGGGUGAUGUGCUCAAUCAGUAAGUAAUGAUGUUCAAUGCAAUUUCUUUGGUGCCCAGGGGCAGGUUUGUAGAUAUACCAUCAUCCUUUUGGGUUUAAUUAAAGAGCUGUUUUGAAUGCCUCA